GCUUGAUCAUUCUUGCUUGGACUACGAGGUGUCGCUGAAGGACCCAGAAGAUGGCGGCCCAUAUGCCUCCACCACAUUUACCUCGUGGGAGGGGAGGACUAUUUCAUGGAGGAAUACGGAAACCUCAACAAGACUUGCCACCUGUAUCCCUUGGGAUGCCAGUUUCUGAAGGGCAUAAAUACAUGGUACCCAAGAAAGAAAUUCAUGAUAUUGGAGACAUGGAGAAAUGGCAGAGGUCACAUGCAUUUCAGGAAUACUUGGGAUUUGUUCUGGCACUGAAUGAAGCUGCUAAAGGGAAGUCCUGCCUAGAUGAGUAUCCUGUUAGUGAUUGUACUAAAGCAGUCAUAAGUCUUCUUGACUGUAUUCAAGGAUGGAUCAAAGACAUCCCACCCAUAGAACAGCCUCAACGCUUUGGAAAUCAAGCCUUCCGGACUUGGUAUGACAAGCUGGAGGAGAAAAUGGAGGAACUCCUGAAAGAUGUGAUACCAUUGAAAGUGCAUGAGAGCAUUCCAGAAAUUUCAGUGUACCUUCAAGGGAGUUUUGGACACAGAACACGGAUAGACUAUGGAACUGGACACGAGAUGUUUUUUGCCUGCUUCCUGUGCUGUCUUUUCAAGAUAGGGGCAUUAAGUAAAGAUGACACCCAAGCUGCAGUCCUGAAAGUUUUUGUCCGGUAUGUUGAAGUUGUGAGAAACCUGGUUAUCACAUACCGUAUGGAACCUGCUGGUAGUCAUGGAGUGUGGAGUUUGGAUGACUUUCACUUUCUUCCUUUUGUUUGGGGAUCAGCACAAUUGAUUGGCAAUUCAAAACUGCCUCCCAAUUCAUUUGUUGAUGAGAAAACAGUUGCCCUGAAUGCAGAUGGAUACAUGUUUAUGGCAUCCAUCAAGUUCAUCAGUGAGGUGAAGAGUGGACCAUUUUGUGAGCAUUCAAACCAGUUGUGGAACAUCAGUGCCAUUCCUGAAUGGCUCAAAGUAAAUUCUGGUCUCAUCAAAAUGUACAAGGCUGAGGUAUUACAGAAAUUCCCAGUCAUGCAGCACAACAUGUUUGGCUCCUUGCUAUCUAUAAUGCCUGUGACAAAGCAAGAAGGGGACUCAACUGGUACAACAAGAUCUUGACAUGAUUGCUUGCAUUAAUUCCAGGCCAUGCAUUCAGGCCUCUGUGAAUGCUAAUAGGUACAGAGAUAGGACUGUCAUGUUGAAUCCACCUUCCUUGCUUCAUCUCAUCAAAUUGCAUUGGACAGCAGGUGAAAAAUUCAGUGUUCUGUAAUGAGCUAGUAAGUGAAUGAGAGAAGCUGUUGGACUUCACCUGAUUGGAUCAGUUGAGUAGGUAAAAUCCUUGUGUCAACCAUAUAUUGGCCAUAGCAGACUGAGAAUUUGUGGUUGGUUGCUGCUAACAAGGAAUGGUUUCCAUGGGUUUCCAUGCUUUUAUGCUUUCAUGGCAACUGAGCAGCUUUUCCUGGAGUUCACAAGUAUACUCCUUGGCUGGUAAAGAUCCUGUCAUUCUAGUAAGAUGAAUUGUCUUUUUUGUAUUGCUCUAACUUCACAGAGACUCAGGGAACUUCCCUGUGGUGGAACUUUCUUAGCUAUCUAUAAUGCCUGUGACAUUGGGAAUUUGUUAAGGCUGUGGAGCUUCUUGCAAUUGUGUUUGUAAUUGGUCAGAGGAAAGUGUGGCAAUUGAAGCAAGAGAAGAGAGCAGAGUGUUGAGGUAGAGUCAUCAGAGACAGCUUUUUGCUUUAAUGUAUAUGCAGACACCAUUCCUUGUAUUUAUCCAUACACCUCUCGCUCUGAAACACUGGUGGUGUUUGGAAGUCCAUGGUGGAGAUGAAAAGUGGAAAACCAUUGUGAUGUAUCCACUUAAUGCACUCAAUAUGAAGCUUCUAGCUCUAUAUCGAGAGAUUACUUCAAAAGUUUCAUUGGAUGCAGUUGUAUGUUCUAAGUUCUAACCCACUUUGUUUUUUUAAUGUGUUGCUGUAAUUGAUUAUCAAACCUUUUGUGCUAGAAAGGACUGAAUUCUGGGAAACUUUAAUCUAUAUUUCACUGUCCCAAAACCUUUGAGUCUCUAAUUAGGCCUAUUGGGAAAGAAUAUAGGUCCCAGAACUGCCAUAUCUCUCCUGCAAUCUUGCUUUAGCUCUUUGCUUCUGCCUAGAGGUGAGGCCUACCCAGUGUUAAUAUUUAAUUAGAGAUAUUCAAUCUCUAAUUGCUUCAAAAUAAUUUAUUGUUCACAUUUUUCAUGCCUCAGAUUACUUUCCCUGUGGAUCAUAGUGGAUUAAACUUCAAUUCAAGAAUUUUAUAGCAAUAUUGUUGUUGAGAAUUAUAUUAAUUGUUAUCACCUAUAGACAGAAGUGGGACUGAACCAAGAACUAUGCAUUUCUCUGCUUGCUAAAGUCAGUCUGGACUUGACACAGAGGACAUCAUCUGCUGAGUCUGGUAAGGAAGGGUUGAAGAGUUUAAGUUUGUGUUCUCUCAUUCAUAAAGGACUCUGUACCACCUCAUAAAAACUUGAAAUUGUGUGUCUCUAGUAAAUCUGUUUGACACCCAUGUGAAUAAGUCUUAAAGUCUUAAAGCCAUUUGUGAAAGUCAAUCCUAGAAUGUAUUUCUCCUUUAAAGUCAGCUCCAUUAUUUUAUAAUGAGACUGGAGUUUGGGGAUGAGCAUGAAACAUGAGCAGCAUUCAUCAAUACUAAUUAGUACACAAAUUCACUUUUAUUCAAUAGUGAAUGUUCGGUUUGUACCACUAAUUGAGGAUAAUUUGGUUGGUACCUCCAUUCAGUUUAUUUUUCAUGCUUUCAUUUAAGAACUUUACUCCAUAUAAAGCUUUAAUUUCUUUGAAAGAGUGAUUGUAAUUGACAUUUUGGGAUUGCAUUCUGGGGUUAAAAUUUUUUAACUUUCCUGCCAUUUAUUGAAUGUAGUCAUAUUGAAGUUCCAACUUUCUCCUCCGAUUCACCCAUCUGUCAUAUUGAAUUCAUAUUGUUCUUGAAAAUGGUCCAUUUCAAUUAUGCAUCUUGUUUUAAAAUGGAGAAGGAGUUGAUUAGGGCAGAAUUUUUUUUUUGUCUCAUCCAAAUUAUCCAAUAAAAAAAAUUAAUACUGAAAUGACUUGACUGUAAUUUAGUAUUUGUGGUUCAAAAUAAUUUCUCUAAAAACAGAACCUGAGGGAUGGAAAAUUAGUCAACAGGGAUGUUUGCUAAAGAUGGGAGUGUAAUAUCACUAUAAGCUUGUGUUGGCUUUUUUCAUUUUUUUUUUAAAGGCCUUGGAGACAAGUUUCCAAACUUUUGUUGCACUUUUACAGAAUUUCUACUUAUGCAAGGUAUAUGGCAUUGUUGAAAUAAAACAACUUGCUGGUUGUUGCUUGGUU